UGUAAAAAUCCCUUGUUUUUUAUCUGGAUACGAAACCCCAGAAGUGGAUCUGAAAUAUAUUUCAAUUCGAUGGAUCAGGAAGUCGCCAAACGGAAACGUGUCGGAUGUUUAUAGAUAUGAAGUCAUUUUCGGUCAUAAAGCCAGCAGACCGGGGUAAAAAAUAUCAGAAAAUGACCUUAAAAAAGGAGACGCUGGGUUAUACAUCCCGCAGGUCCAGGUCGCUGAUGACGGGGAGUACACCUGCAUUGUGUUUUAUACACCUUAUAAAGGAGAAGCUUCAUCCAUCCUCCAUGUGUCAGUUCAACCGACUGUCGAAGUGAAUCCUCCAGCUUUAAGUAUUUUAACUGGAAUGGAAAAGUCUGUCACGUGUGAUGUCAUCAACUUCUACCUCAUGACCGUUGAAAUAAGAUGGCUUCAGUAUCUGAAAGAUGGACGCGGUUCUGUUCCGUUAGAGAGACACAUCUCCACGAGCCCCGCUGCUCUAAACAAGGAUGGAACAUACAAUGUAAGCGGUUAUCUGAUGUUACAUCCUCAGAGCGCCGGUGACGACGGGACCACCUAUGGCUGUCUCGUGAAACACAAAUCCCUGACGGAAGAACGAGCCGUGAAUUUUACUCUCUCUGUAGAAGAGCCAAGAGGCAGCAGGAAUGUCAGUAUUGGAGUUUUGGUAGCUUUUGCUUUUUUAAUAAUGUUCAUUUUGGGUUUACUCUGGUUGUCCAUAUUCAAAAAAGUAACCCCAACGCUUUCAAAGAUUACGGGAAAUAAGAACUUGGUUCACAUGGAGAGAGCAGCGUUAUCAUGUCAGAUAAUGAAUGUCAGACAAAGAUCCACUGAAAUUUGUGUAUCUCUAAAAAGAAGAAGAGGUGAAAAAAUGGACAUUAUAACCCGGAAAUGUGAAGAAACGGAAACCUCAUCUCAGAAGAAAAUGAAAUCUGACGAGGGAGAGGAGUUAAUGGAACGAGGAGCUUCUUCCUCUUUACCGAUGCAGAUGGAAGCGAUUCUAGAUGGGAAGUUUGUCAGAACAAAGCGUUUGUAUCAUUAUUAUUGCUCCAUUUUUAUAACUCCUGACAUAAAAGUCGAUAAUGAAGCAGAACUUACAGUGAGCGUCAGACACGACUCCCUAAACCAUCCCAUCUCUGAAACCUGUACCCUGAAAGUGAUCGGAGUGCCUCCUAAAUUAUCAGAAAUCGUGGCUCCGCGACAUAUAAUCCAUGGAGAUUCUGUGGCUCUGACCUGCUGCAUCUCUGGAUUUAAACCGAGACCUUUAAUUAUUACAUGGCUGAAACGAGACGCCGCCAGCAACGAAACAGAACUUCUGAGAUGCGAUUCCGGUGAAACCGAGGUCCUCGAUCCCAAAUAUUCUCAUCGACUGAGGGAAAAUAAGCAUGACGACGACUCCUACAGCAUUUUAAGCUCUCUGACGAUGAAGCCAAAUAUAAAAGGAGAUCACGGGGCAAAAUACAUCUGUCGGGUUUCCCACCCUGCGACCGGCAGCCGUCAGGAACAAUGCAUAGACAUGGAGGUCACCGGUACGUUACUGCUGUGGUUGAAUUUCUAA